ACCAAGUGAACCGUGCCAUGGCCCAUCUCGCUCUCUCCAGGCUCCGUCCAGCACGGGUGAAAGCCCGGUAGGAAACUUGGAUCCUUUCUCCAGCAGUCUGGUGCCCCCCGUCCUUCUCCUCCACAACCUGUCAACCGCCCUAAAACUCUUUCCUCGUCCCAAGACCGACGACCGUUUCUUGGAACCGCAAAUUCCGCCCUGGCCAGACGCUUUGAACGUGUUCGUGAGAUCUUCAAAGUGGAAGAGAAGAAGAUUGAAAAAAACAAACGAAACAAAGGAUAGCCAAUGUUGGAAAGGGGACUGGUCAAGGCACUGGUCAAGGCGUCCCGAUAGGAGAAACCAAACACAGAACACACAGGUCCCCCCCAUCCUCUCUUCCCCGACGACGCCCGUCGUGCGUCGAACCGUCGAAAAAAUGGCGCCGAGGCAUCGGCAUCGAACCAUUCCGACCUCCUCCCUCGUCAUCUCAUACCUCGUGUCCCAAUCCCAGGCGGCCUUCGUCAACGACUUCUCCGCGUACCCGGUCAAUGCGAGACCAUGUAUGAACACGGCGGCGGCGGCGUCCGGCUGCGCCGGCAACACGGUGACGGAGAUGAACACAUGCCUCUGCGGCAACGGCGGCAACUUCGUGAUGGCGACUGCGAAAUGCGUCGAGAAGGAGGCCAAGGACGAGCUCGACGACGUAUACGGAAUGCUCCUGACAUCCUGCACGGAUUCCAAGACGCCGCUGGCCGUGUCGCAGGCCCAGUUCCUCGACCCCGAAGAAGAAGAAGACGACGAUAAGGCGUCUUCGACGUCCUCCGUCAACGGCGUCAGCAGCAUCAGCAGCAGCAUUGGCGGCGGCAGCUCAACAACAUUCGCCACGUCUAUCACAACGCCGCCGAACGCGGCGACCUCGGCACAGGCACAAGCGUCGAUCACGUCCACGUCCAUGACGACCUACGAGAGCGUGGCGCCGGGCGGAGUGACGAUCACAGUUACGAGGGGGAUCGAGGUGGUCCCCACGGGGACGGUCAGCAGCGGGCAGCAGGGUAGUAACGGCGACACGUCCAGCUCCGGCGACGACGACAGGCCCGGCGGAGGGGUGCUGGCGGCAGGAAUCGCCGGGGGGUUCGCCGUUGUCAUCGGGGCUCUUGCGUUCCUCUGCUACCGUCGCCGGAAGCAACGCAAGGAGCGAAAGGGCCAGGUCGGGGCCGGCGGCAAGUUUGCGUCGUUAUCCAGCGCGACGAGCCUCACGACGAUGACGGCCUCGCCGCCACAGGGCCAGGCGGCGACGACGGCAUAUCACGGUGCGAACGAUCUCCGACCCAACACGGCAAACUCGAUGCAGAUGGCCGUGGGCACCGCUGCAUGGGGCCGUCAACAGCAACAGCAACAGCAACAGCAGCAGCAGCAGCAGCAGCAACAUCAACAACACUACCAACAUGGACCACAAAGUCCUCAACACUGGCAGCAAAACAACUCACCGAAUCAGUACGGCCAGCCUGCAGGAGCUUGGCCAUCGCCGGUAACCAACACGGACGGCACCAACGGAUCAUGGGGGGUCUCGCCCGUCUCGCAAUAUCCCACUCACGCGUCGAGGGGACACGAAUCGCCCCCGGCACAGAACGCGACCUGGAACGCGCACGAGGUGCCCGCGGGCGUCCCUGCGCCUCACCCUUCACACCACCCGUCGAACCACACAUAUGCCCCCGUCUUCGAACUACCCGGAGACGAGACCCAGGCCGUCGAGGCCGACUCAACGCCCAUCGGCCACGCGCAGCCGAUCCGGCCGCCCUCGCGGUCGAUACAGUCGACGCCGGCGCACAUGUCGGCUCACCCAGCACCGGCACAACCGGCAGCGGCACACCAUGGAAUGCCGCACAGGCAGAUUGACGACGCGCUGCAAAUAUCACAGGUGGAGUUGCCGCCGCCACGGUACUCGGGACCCUCGUCAGGGUCGGAAUGGGCCAGCGAGGACAAGAAGUUCGGCUAAGCGAGGGGCGCGAGAGGGGGAUUCAGUCAGUCGGGUCCCCCUCCCCUCCUCUUUGGCGAGAUAGCUCUUCAGCAUCAUGAUUAACUUUUUCUUAAAUUUUGUAAUACUACCUACCUACCCGCCCAUGUAGACAUCCCAGGGCAUCACUGCCGACAUGAUGCAGAUGCACAAGUCUUUUCAUAUAUCUAUACAUAUAUAUAUACCACACGAAUAUUG